AUCAGCAUCAACCUCGACUACCGCCCAGUCGCCAGAACAACGCCUUUGAUUUGGGAUUUCUGGACGUGUUAUCAGUUGAGCCGGCUUUAUUCUAGCCCUACGCGCACACCAGAACUCUCGGUGGCCUUGUCCGGCUCGAUCUAUACCUCAUUUACCGAUCGAUUAUCGUCGCAUAAACUAUACCACGAUGGAGUCGUCACGCGGCCCUCCCAGGGUCAAGAACAAGGCCGCGGCGCCCGUCCAGAUCUCAGCGGAGCAGCUGCUUCGCGAGGCCGUGGACCGGCAGGAGCCCGCAUUGCAGGCGCCGACGCAGCGCUUUGCCGACCUGGAAGAACUGCACGAAUAUCAGGGCCGCAAGCGAAAAGAAUUCGAAGACUAUGUGCGUCGGAACCGAAUUAACAUGAACAAUUGGAUGCGCUAUGCGGCAUGGGAGCUAGAGCAAAAAGAGUUCCGCCGGGCGCGCUCAAUCUUUGAACGGGCGCUGGACGUCAGCCCGACCUCGGUGGUUCUGUGGAUUCGGUACAUUGAGUCGGAGAUGCGGAAUCGCAACAUCAACCAUGCCAGGAACUUACUCGACCGUGCGGUGACGAUCUUGCCUCGGGUGGAUAAGCUGUGGUACAAGUAUGUCUACAUGGAGGAGACGCUGGGCAACAUUGCGGGCACACGGCAGGUCUUUGAGCGGUGGAUGUCUUGGGAGCCGGAAGAGGGAGCUUGGAGCGCCUAUAUCAAGCUGGAAAAGCGGUACAAUGAGUUCGAGAGGGCGCGCGCGAUCUUCCAGCGGUUCACGAUUGUUCACCCCGAACCACGCAAUUGGAUCAAGUGGGCUCGGUUUGAAGAGGAGUAUGGAACGAGCGAUCUCGUGCGGGAGGUGUAUGGAAUGGCGAUCGAGACGUUGGGAGAGGACUUUAUGGACGAGAAGCUGUUCAUCGGCUAUGCCAAGUUCGAGGCGAAGUUGAAGGAGUAUGAGCGUGCUAGGGCGAUUUACAAGUAUGCUUUAGAUCGACUUCCUCGCUCAAAGUCCAUGGCGCUUCACAAGUCCUAUACGACAUUUGAGAAACAGUAUGGUGACCGGGAAGGCGUUGAGGACGUGAUUCUUUCGAAACGCAGAGUCCAAUACGAGGAGCAACUGAAAGAAAACUCGCGGAACUACGACAUAUGGUUCGACUUUGCCCGGCUUGAGGAGACCUCGGGCGACCCCGACCGAGUACGCGACAUCUACGAACGCGCGAUCGCUCAAAUACCACCAUCGCAGGAGAAGCGGCACUGGAGACGGUAUAUCUACCUCUGGAUAUUCUACGCCAUCUGGGAGGAACUGGAAGCUAAGGACGCCGAGCGUGCGCGCCAAAUCUACAACGAGUGUCUCAAGUUGAUUCCCCACAAAAAGUUCACCUUUGCCAAGAUCUGGCUCAUGAAGGCGCAGUUUGAGAUCCGUCAGAUGAAUCUCCAAGCCGCUCGCAAGACGCUUGGCCAGGCCAUCGGCAUGUGCCCGAAGGAUAAACUCUUCCGGGGAUACAUUGAUCUAGAGCGCCAGCUGUUCGAGUUCGUGCGGUGCCGGACGCUGUUCGAAAAGCAGAUCGAGUGGAAUCCUUCCAACAGCCAGUCGUGGAUCAAGUAUGCCGAGUUGGAGCGCGGGCUGGACGACACCGACCGUGCACGAGCCAUUUACGAGCUUGGGAUUGACCAACCAACUCUCGAUAUGCCCGAGUUGGUGUGGAAGUCGUACAUCGACUUUGAGGAGUACGAGGGCGAAUACGACCGGGUCCGCCAGCUGUACGAGCGUCUGCUGGAGAAGACAGACCACGUCAAGGUGUGGAUCAACUACGCCCGCUUCGAGAUCAAUGUUCCCGACGAGGAGGAAGAGGAAGAGGAGGAGGAAGAGGAGCGGCCGAUCAGCGAGGAUGCCAAGCGUCGUGCUCGGGCCGUUUUCGAACGAGCCCACAAAGUGUUCAAGGAGAAGGAGCUCAAGGAAGAGCGCGUGGAACUGCUCAAUGCUUGGCGGUCGUUCGAGCACACGCACGGUUCACCAGAAGACAUCGACAAGAUCGAGAAGCAGAUGCCCCGGCGCGUCAAGAAGCGGCGCAAGUUGGACGACGACCGGUACGAGGAGUACAUGGACUACGUAUUCCCGGCGGACGACCAGUCAGCGGCAAAUCUGUCGAAGCUGCUGCAAAGAGCUCACCAAUGGAAGCAGCAACAGCAACAACAAGGGGAUGGAGCUUAGAUCGAUGUGCCAGGGUAGUUCUAUACAUAGCUGGAAGUUAAUAGCAUCACGGGAUGUAUCAUGUCAGUAGUGGUUACACGUGCGAUUACCAAUUUUGUGUAGCACCAAUUCAUCCUCUGGCACUCUGUGGAUUCCGU